UCUCAUUUUGCAGUUCACCCCGUAGCAAAGUAGAAGCAAAGCGAUAUUUUGCUAACAGUAUGAGUAAAUGGUGCACUUAAACAAAUUUUAUUGUGACUCAUUGUAGUGGAUUAAAACUUAAUACUAUGUCCAGAUAUAUACUACUUGAAGGCUGGCUGACAAAAUCGCCGCCGCACAGAAGUAUUUUCAAAACUAAAUGGCGAAAAAGGUGGUUUUCCUUGCGGCAGUCGAAUGAUCUUCCAGGGCAAUACUUCUUGGACUACUAUGGUGAGCGGAGCUGCCGGCGUCUGAAAGGCUCCAUAAACCUGGAUCUCUGUGAACAGGUGGAUGCGGGUCUGAUGACACAGAACAGCAAUACUCAGCUGGACCCUGCGGAGCGCGGCUGCGUGUUCUCCAUUCAGACAAAGGAGCGAACCUACCACCUGGAGGCAGCCUGCGAGGAAGACAUGGAGAAGUGGGUAGAUGCCAUUUGCAGAGUGUGCGGCCUGCGCGCGACGCUCCCCUCAGAGGAGGAAGAGAGGACCAGAAGUACAUAUCAAAACAGCACAAUGACGGUUAUGAAUGAUCAGUACGAACUCGCGGAAGGUACUGGACCCUACAUACCGAUAUCUGAGUGCAUUACUGGAGUCCGAGCGCCGGAUUCCCAAAGAACCUUCACCUUCGAUCCCAAUAAUAUCAUUAUUGGAUCGAAGUCUUCCUUCGACGCUGUUUCUGAAAAAAGUCAACAAAUAUACCUUAGUCAUCCCCAAAUUCGCGUUAAUAACGAUUUUUCUGAAAACGAGUCUAAUUUAAGUGACGAGGAAUGCAAAUCGCUUAAUGCUAGUCAAUCUAAUAUAGCAGACGAUUGGUCGCUCACGCGGACCUACAUAAGACCAGGGCCUCUGGAUCGCCUCGAACACUUUAAGGCCUAUAGCGGCGGUAACGUCCCAGUGAGGCCCGCUUUCGUUAGGCCGGAGAGGAAACCUACAGGCUGCCUGGGUCAGGCUGCCAGCUGUUUGGGUCAGUGUGAUGCCUCCGAGGAAGGUGACGCCUAUUUUUGUGGUCUUUUUUCAGGACCACCUGUACCACCGAGGCCGCCAAAGACGAUCACCCUCAGCAGGGAGCAUCGGGACUCCUACCAAGGACCAAGGCUAAGGGAGCCAGGAUCUCAUCCAAACCUCGACUGGUCUAACCCGCCGUACUCCUGGGAGGUCUCUUCCCGGCGCCUGUCGCACGUGCCCGCUACACAAUCGCUCGCUCAGGCGUUGCCGCUCACCCACGUGCAGAGCCGCGCGCAGGUGCACGUGCACACGCACCAGGCUCAAGUACAGGCUCCGCCGUACCAGGCACAGGCACAGGCUCUACCAUUCCAGUCUCAAGCGCAGGCUCUACCAUACCAGGCACAGGCACAGGCGCUGCCGUACCAAUCACAAGCGCAGGCGCUACCAUUGCAGUCCCAAGCGCAGGCUCUACCAUUCCAAUCUCAAGCGCAGGCUUUACCAUUCCAGUCGCAAGCUCAGGCUCUACCAUUGCAGUCGCAAGCGCAGGCUCUGCCUUACCAAUCACAAGCGCAGGCUCUACCUACGGUUAUUGUGCACCGCCCAAGGAAUGACGAUGACGACGAGACUGGCCUUGCACAUCCUAUGCAGCACUACUGCAAUCUAUCACUGCUGCCGCCAGCUGUUGACCGCGCGCUGAAGCCGCGCAUCGCUAGCACAAGCAUUGGCCACGUGAAUCAAGUGGGCCAGCUGUUCCAGAAUGCGGCCCAGCCGUCGACAAGCGUCGCUCGGACUCGCAGAGCCUCUGACGUUUUACAAUAUUUAGAUCUUGAUCUUAGCAGCCCCAAGAGUCCGGCUAAGAAUCAAGAUGGCGUUCGCCGCGUGCACCACGCUAAGUCCUUCUCCGCCGAAUCACGGGCCGACUACAAAACGGUCGACUUCGUCAAGACGGAAGCCUUUAAUAUUACCCGUCAGGAUGCCGAAGCAUCUAGAAGUGUGCAACAAUGAUUAAACCCCAUAUACGCGAGAGUAUACAAAAAAUGCAUUAAUAAAAAUGAUUUAUAUAUUCAUUAAAAUGUAUACUCUCGCGUAUACUGGGCGAAACCAGUGAUUCGAACAAUUACAUAGUGGACGGUCUAGCGUAAGGUUAGUUAUGUACAUAUCUGUUACCUUCGAGUAUUUUCGAUGAGUUGUUUCCUUUACGCAUUUCUAUGUACGUUUAUUGUAUUGUUUACUGUACGUUUUAUUUCCUAUUUAAUAUAUUUUAUAUAAGCUUGUUUAAUAUUCAAUUAUAUAGAUAAAUAUAAAAUUUAUAUAGCUAGCUAUAUACCUAUAGAAUAUAUUAAGAUAUUAGAUGUAUUCUAUUAUAGUAUAUUAUACAGUGUUAAGUUUUCACGCUACCUUAUUCAUUGCAUCACAUGACAUUAUGGUAUAUAUUUUUUUAUGUUAUGAAAUGACUGAGGUAUGUUUUACCAUCACUGCAAGAGAGUAUGGCAUAAAUGGAUAUAUUUUAAAAAUUAUUUAGAUAUCCAACUUAUCUAUAACAUUAUUAUGCUUUUAAAAAGUACUUAUGUCGAUUUAUGUUUCAUAUGUCUCUUAUAUCCUUAAGCUAUAUGCUGUUGAGCGUAUCGCACUAUUGUUCUUCGCUCAAUGUAAGCAAUAAAUAUGAAAAUUUAUCUCAAAUAUAAUAUAUGAGCAGUGAAAUGAGUUAGGGAUCAUGAUGUUUUGUUAUAAUAUGUAUUUUAUAGUCGCCAACAGUUGGCAGACUCUCUCCGUCUAACCUCUCGUAUUUGAGGACAAUCAAGCACAAAUUAGUAAGUAAUUAUUCCUUCACAUCUGAAGGCUGUAAGUAAUAUUCAAUCGCGUUAUCUCAGUUAUAGAAUCAAUUUGUCUUUGCGUCUCCAUAAAUUACCCUUCUAGCGUUCUUUUAAAGAGCCUACGAAUGUCGUACAUACGGUUAUAAUGCGCACAAAUUUUUAAACGUUUACGCGUUUAAAGACUUCAUUCAUUCUACGUGCGACAAAAAAGUCGUUUCAAAGUCGCAAGGGCGACAUAAGCGACAGGCCUGACUAAAUUGAUCCGUUGAUUUUUUAUAUUAUUUUUUCCCUUGCGGUUGCAUAUAACGAAUUUAUAUGUACAAUAAACCCCAAUAUUUUAUCUGAUUAAGCUUUAAUUAGGGAAGUGCUAUAGAUGUGUUCAUUUUUAUUUGAUUUCAAUAUAAAUUCGCGUUUACUUAUUUGAGAAUCCUUGUUCCGGUUGUUUGUCGAUUUUGAUAACUUUACAAAUUUUCAAAUGCGCACAAAAUUUGUAUUCGCAUGUGUAUAACAUGACGCAAAACGUUUUGUUUUGCGUUCAAUAACACGGGGAGACUGUUUUAAUAAAAAUUUAUAACAUCAUAAUUGUAUGUUAAUAGUUGAAUCUUAUUUUAAGAAUUCUAAAUUAUAAUUGUAUGGCCUGGUACGAAUAACACUCGAUUCAUGAAAACAGUUGUUUCACAUUAGUUUUCUGUUUAUUUAAUUUAUUUCUAUUUUUAUACAUAAUUUGACAUAUUUUACAAAUAAAACGAAAACGCACAUUAAAUUUGGUCAUGACACUCGUACUCUGCUCUAGUUGAAUGUAUAAAACAUUUAGCUAGACAUAAUUCAAAAGCGCUUUUGAAUAAUAAAACACAUGACAAUAUGAUAUAUUUAACAUCAAUUCUCGCCAAAGUCAGUUUGUUUUCCUUACACCUAACUUAUUAGCACUGGGCUAUACAAUUAUGAGCAUUGAAUUUAUUUAUGGAUUCUCGUCAUGAAAAUACGCACAAAAUUUAGUAAAAAUGGAACCUCUAUAACAUAAAGUAGUUACAUUAAUUGAAAAGUUUUAUAAAAUAAACUUAUAACCCUUGAAGAUUUUAUAAAAAUUGUAAUUUUUCGUCAGAGCAUAUAUUUCGGAACGACCAAUCUCGUUUAAUAUAUUAUCUAAUUGAUAGAUAUUAGAAAAAAUAGUGAGAUUUACAUUGUCCUAGUAUUAUAUCCUUUAUACCCUUAUAAAAUUUUAUGAUCAUUACUCCUUUACAUGAAAUGUAUUUUAUAUACCAAUUGUGUUGGUUAUGAAAUGUUUCUUUGGAAUCAUUCACAUUCUUAUUGGUCAUAGGACUGUAUUUUAACAUUGUUAUAUAAAUACAAUGUUUAGUUCAUAUUUACUGUAGGUCUAUCGCACAAAAGGAAUUGUUAGUUUUUAAUAAGUAAUAUUUUAUUAAAUUUUAGGACUUCAAUCAUAGGUUAAAUUUUUAACACAACAGUGAGACUUUUAAUAAGUAAUUGUAAAAAAAAAAAAAUUAGUGAGAUACAAGGCCUUUUAUAUCAUGACCCGUCUACAGGGAAUUCAGGAGCUGGCUUGAGCGGUGUUCAGGGACGACGUCGAAUGAUUUCUUAUUAUUAUUUAGGGUAUAGCCGCGUUUAUAUUAAACAUUGUUCUACCGGCAACUAGAACAUUAAUCGAAACAGUGUUGUUACAUAGUGAGAGUCGUUUAUAAAUUACUCAUAACACAAUAGUUUGGAGCUUUAUUACAUGUAUAUAUAUAUUUCUUCUAGUUUAUAUUAUACUAAUUUUGUUGUUGCCGUCUUCAAUAAGGUUUUGUAAAAAUUACAUAUGGCAUAGUAAGAUGUUGGUAGGAGGUACUGGUUUCGUCAUGAGAUAUGGAGAAAAGUAUAUUUUUAUAAAAGUUACAAUAUAUAUAGGAAAUAUAAUAGACCCUGUAUAUCGGAAUCCGUAGCGAUAAAAAUAUAUUCUUCUUAUUGGGUGAUAGUAAACCAGGUUGCCCAUAAAAAGGAAAGAUUUAUUUAACACCUAGAGUUUCGGUACUAUAAGGAUCACUAGAUUAAAAAUAAUAUGCGGGGAGAUGAAAGGGUUCCGCUUGUUUGUGCCUUGACCUAGUGAGAUGUAAAAAAGAAAAAUUAAAAAGAAUUAGUGAGAUUUUAAAUGAAUGUCAUUCGAUGUCGUUGCUGAUACCGUGAUCGGAGCUCAUUAAAAAAAUAUAUAGUUAUUUCAAUCAUCGCCAUGCUAUUUAUAGCUUGAUCGUUUAUUUGGAAAUUUUCUUUGCGCAAUCACUAGACCAAUCUAUAUUGAAAAAACAGUUCGUAACAAACAAAUCGUAACUACAUUAUCGGAGUCGAACUUCGGAAAUGUCACUCCUUGAGAUACAUUUUUUCGUCAAUUUUUUUUCUCACUUACACAAAACUAUAUAAAGGUUGGAACUAUUCUUGCGUCAUGAAAAUAGCCAAAGGAAUUGAUUGAUAUUUAAACAAAAAAUUAUAUUAAGAGAAUAUUUUUCAUACUACUUAUUAAUUACCAUGCGGUACUAGAGAAACCUAAAAUUAUACAUUUUAUAUGGAUUUGUUUAAACACGUUGAGGUGCGACAAUAAUGAAUUUUUGUCGGCACCGGUGCUCUUAAACACGUCCAAAAAGGAAUAGGUUUUAUAAAUUUUUUUAUUGCUGUAAAUCAUGAAUCUAAUUCAUUUAUAUGGGGUGACAAUCGAGUCAUGAAAUAGUUUUCUGAACUUAACAAGUUGGUAUGCAAAUGGCCUAAUGAGUCGUUGUUUUUAUAACCAAAAAAAUUAUUAUAUUUUUUAUACGGAACUGACUUAGUAUCAUAAUUCAAACAUUGCAAAAUCAAUACUUUCAUAAAAUACAAAAUUUAUUAGAAUGUAUUUUUUAAUUUUAAUUUAAAACAUGUUUUCAUGACUUCAAUGUCACCCUUUUUUCAGUAGCUUUUUUAUGAAACAUCUGUUUCUUAUUACAUUUUUACUUAUAAGAUAUGGACUUACUAUGAAAUAGCCUCGCUAAAGGACUGAGUAGUUUCUCAUCAUCCUUCGGUUACGUUACUUUAAUACUUAAUUUCUGAUCUGAUUUAAAAUGACAUUUUUUUAAUCAUGACAUAUCGAUCUGAUUUUAUAUAUAUAUUUAUAUUUAAUUAAACCUCUAAACUUGAUUUUACAAUGAUUUGCCAACUAAACAACCAAUUUUUACUAAAUAGUUAAAAAUGUUUAGUGGUACUGGAUGAGGGGUAUGAUUGGCUGAAAAUUCUUUUUCAAUUGGUCACUUUCAUCAACCUGUAUAUUAUAAUCAUUACUUUUCAAUGAUUUAAGCUUCGUUAAAAUUUAAAGUUUGUAGCGUAUUGUUUGAUUUGUAAUUCUUGCAAGUUUUUUUUUUGUCAAUUAUUUUUGUAUAUUAUUUCUUAACUUUAAGGUUAAUCCACGUUUAUAGUUAACUUCUAUAAAAUAUAAUUACGUAAUAUACAUAAAGUAUUAUCUUAUCAUAUUAUAUUAGUUAGUAAUAAUUUGUGUAAAGUAGAUUUUGUAAUAAAAUUCAAAAAAUCAAAAACAGUAGUUUUGUAGAUGACAUAAAAACUUAACGCACAAAUUUUAAGAUUUUUAAUAAUUUUAGGUAUGUCAUGUAUAGACAUUUUAUUAGAUUUUAAUGUUUCGGACCAUCAUUUUACCAGUAUUUUAUAUAAUUACCUUUAAAAUGGUUUUUUUUCAUGAAAUUAUGGUUAUUGGAUCAAUUUUUGAGUAUUAUUUUGAUACAAUUUUAUUUGACGGCCAUUUUUGAGUAUUAUAUUUAUUUUUAUUGUUUGUUAAUAAGUAUGUUUUGUAUGGUCUUUAUGGUUAUGAUAAUUUAAAUGUUGCCAUAAUAAUAAGCAUGCUAACUGUGCGACAUAACAAUGAUCACGUAAGUCUUCUUGUUAUGUGCAAUAUGUCCUGUAUAUAUUAUGUUUAUAAUUAUCUUUAAUUACUGCUUAAUUUGAAAUACCUGCACAUUCAUUAUAGCUUUAUGUAGCCAAAUAUUUUAUUUUGGUUCUAAUUUUAAAUUAGCAUUUUUAUCGCAUUUUUUUCUAUUAUGGGUUUUGUAAAUAUUAUUUUUUAGUCAAAUUCCUAACUUUUUCAAUGAUUACGAUUUUCUUAUCUAUUAUAUUAUAUUAUAGUUAAUUUGAGAUCAGGUUUUAUCUGAUGGCCAUUUUUUAUUUUUAAAUUAUUGUUAUGUAAUUAAUAAAUAUGAUUAAUUUUUUUUUAUUUUUGUUUUAUUUUUUGUUCUUUUCUUUACUUUUGUCUUUUGUUUUUACGUGGAGUGCUUUUCGAAAUGUCAAAGGUGGUAUAAGUUUCCUAUAUUUUAAUAACAUGUGGUUGUUUUUCGUUGUGAUUUUAAUGACCUGUGCCAAAUAAUAAUUUUCAUUAGACAUUAAUUAUUUUGUACAAAAUACGUUGAGUGAGAUUAGUUUCCUUAUGGGUUAAAUAUUGAAGAUUAAUUUUAUAUUUUUACACUGUAAAAUUUUGAAAUAUUUUGUAUAUCUAUUUUUUUUUCGAUAUUUUACUAGUUACGAGAGAAUUGUAAAUAGUCCAAUGCAUUUUUGAUUUUGUCUAGGAUAGAAAUAUGUACAAUACAUAACCUCGGUGGUUGUAGUUGAUAAGACCUCUUUAAAACUAUAUAGGUAACAAUAAUUUAACUAAUUAAAACAUUAAUAGUAUGUACGUGGUCUUAGUAAGAAGUAAAGUUUAUUUAACAUUUUCUGUACCUCUGCAUUUGAACUAAAUGAAGUGACUAUUUCAAAUAGGACUUUGAUAAAUUAUAUUCCAAUUUUAACAUUGAAAUAAAAUUUAUCAAAUUGACGUUUAUUGGUGAUAGUUAAAAGUGGAAUUGAGAAGGUAGAAACUUAGAAAACAGUAGAAUACUCGGUGGAAGUUAAAGGAUAAUUUUCGUCAUUAAUUUCGUGAUAAAAGUCCUUUUUUAUUGCAAAAAGGCAUUGAAAUUAAUGUAGAAAGUAAACUAAAGUGUUCCUCCAAUAUUCCGAGUAUGUAUUAGUUGAGUAAGUAUGUAUUAAUGAUAAGCGACACAGUAUGGUUCCAAAUAAGGAAGGUUUCUCAGUCAAAACUAUCUUCCUUUUCUAUCACUGAUUAGAGGAACGAACGGGUUCGAGUUCUCAAUCUAUUGAAUACGUUUGUUUUUUCCCAAUCGGUUAAGCCUAUUUGCCCGCCACAUUAGGUGCCGAGGUCUAACAGUGAUAAAAAUUGUUAUUAAAGCUUUGACUGUCAUGUAACCCAUAUUGUCCUAGGUUCGAACUAGGUACAGAUUUUUUUGGAUUCAUACUCUGUUGUAACUGCAGCAUACAGGAAAUUAGUACUUCAUAUAUAUCUGUGAGUGAGAGAGUUAUAUGUAUAAAUAUAUAUAUGCCAGCAUACCUGUUUACUGCAGUUACUGUUUAGUCGAUAAGAAUUAGACGCACAAAUAUUUUGAUCGCUUACAAUUAGUUGUAAGGUUACAUGAAGUGCUCAAUGUUAAUGGCUUCAAGAAGUUAUUAAUGGACACUGUUAUAGAUAUUAAUCUACGUUAAGGAUUAAACAUACCUAAUCAUUGUCAUUUGGAUUCAACAACUACACGUCGAGAAUUGGUUCGAAAGCAAGAUUCGAACUGAUAUUAGUGACGGUGCAGUGAUCAGUGUGUGUGUAUUAAUAGUAAUUAAUUAGAAAGCUUUGUCAUAUUUAUUUCUUGGAAUGUAUGCAUUAUCGAUAGCGUUCCUACAACGUAUUGAUAUUGAACUCAUAGGUAAUUAAAUUGAGCUCAUAUUAAGAUAAGUAAAAUAGGAUAGUCGAUGACGUUACCGAAUCUUUUUUUUAGUUUUGGCGCGAUACUUGCGGCAAUUCUAAUAAAGUAGAGAGUAAGAAGAGAACAACGUGUGUUCGGCGGCGGACGUCCGUGUCGGGGCGGAUUUAGAAUACUAACCCCGACCCCAUGUCGGUACAAGGGUGUCGUAAGAGGCGACUAAACCGAACGGUGGGAGGGCACCUUUCCGCCCGACUGGCUAGCUACCACCCUCCCAAGUGAACUGUCGAGGCUCCUCGACAGGAAGCGGGAGCGCCAGCCCUUUCCCCUUCCCUUCCCUUCCCGCCACUCUCCUCUCACCUGCACCUUCCCUAUCCUUCCCUUUCCUCUCUUCUGUCCUCACCUUCCCUCUCCUUUAUCUUUCCUAUCUUCUGUCCUAUCUUCUCUUCAAUAUAUAAUCGUUAGUUAUAGUCCUUUCUAUGUGUGUUUUGAAUAUCUCGAUGUUAGUUUGUAAGGCAACGCCCGGUAUCUGCAUGAAAAUAUGCAAGGUUAAGCGAUGAACGAAGCGACUGGAGGUGAUGAUUGCGUAUUCAAGCCGGGCGUAUUGGACUUUAGAUAUCGGGCGUUAAACAUUCAUUAUAGUCAGCAUUAUAAUUAAUUGUAAUCCAGUGUCAUACAUAAUAUAUAAUCUACUAGUUUGUAAACGACGGUGGUACGUAGCGCUCGUAUUGCUCGCCAACACCUUUUUUUUUUGUAAUGCGGGUUCAUCUACGCGCCACUGCCGUCUUAGGUAGGAUUCUAUUUUCACAAAUCUGUACGUGCCCACAAAUAUAUCUACAAAAUAAUUACGAAAGAUGCAUUCGUAGUUUAAUAUCACAAUGAUAUAUGAGAUGAAAGCCUAACCUAGCUAAGUUACCAAAGUAUUAUAGCAUAAGGAUAUUUAAUCUCUAGUAUUUAAGAAACGUGUUAAUCACAAUGUAUUGGAACCUGGGUGUAAGUCGUGUGGCCAAGGGAACAUCCAGACAGACGAGAGCACACGGAACAGCAUAAGAAGGCAUGGCCCUCGGCGAGCACUCAGCUAGUUUAUAAGAAUUUAUAUUGUAUGAGCCUUAGCUCAACUAUGUUUAAUCAUAAUACCCGUAAAAAGUUAAAACCUUUUACUAAUAACUUUUUCUUUCAUUUUGUCGGGAUUUAUCUAAUUUAACUACUUUUACUCUGAAAGAUUAUUUUAUACUAUUUACCUAUAUUAGUUUAAAAACGAGAUGAACAUGUUAUUUUAUACGAAAAUUAUAAUCAGUUUUCUCUAUUUUCAUAUGCGGGAUUUAAUAAGUGUCUAUUUAGAUGUAAUAAAAAUUCAAUGGAAA